AUGACAAUUGAGGGCAUUUCACGAAUGGAGGUGUCAAAAGAGCGCUUCAGUUGUUGUUGUUGUUCAUUUCAUAAGCAUUACAUUAAAAGUAUGAAAGAAGCAAACGAGAAGGAAGAUAAGAAAUCAAAUAAAGAGCCACAACCUGCCUAUAAAUUUAAGAAUUUUUCAUUUCUCAUCGCUCAUUUAGUUGAUAAAACAGAAUAA